AUGCAUCCAUUUAUAAUACCAAUUACUAGUGCAUUAAUAGGGUAUUUCAUGAAGGAUUAUUAUGGUCUUGAAUUCAGUUUUAAUAUAAAUGUAAUAGAUGGGAAAAGCAAUAACAAAAAUAUAAUGUAUCAAUUACUGAGUGCUAAUCAACAAAAAAUAUUAGAUUAUAUAGCAGCUUUAACUGAUCAAACUGAAAUGAUGGCAAAUCAAAAAAUUAUUAAAGAUAAGAUGCCUAGUGGAGAGUCCAUAUUGUAA